AUGUUGUCCAAGCUCACCCAAGGGUCCCCGGAGCAUAUUUCAAAAAUAGCCCGAAUUGAAGAUUUCAAGAGGUCGAGCCUGGACGCCUACCCGGUCCUACCUGUACAGACCCGACAUCCCUGUUGGUUGGAUCACCUCAAGGAGUACAAGAAGACAGGUGCACUACCUCCCGAUGAGGUCGACGCCAAACUGGUGAAACGACGAGCCCCCACGUACGUGAUCAUGGGGGACACACUUUACAAGAGGUCCUACAACGGCGCCUUGCUGCGCUGCCUGUACCCAGACGAGGCCAGGUCAGUCAUGGAGGAGAUCCACGAAGGGACCUGUUCCGCCCAUCAGGGGGCCUUCACCAUGUCCUGGACAGCCAUCUUGCAGGGGUACUUUUGGCCCAAAAUGGCCAAGGAAUGCACCGACUACGCCAGGAGCUGCGAGAUCUGCCAACACUUCCAGCUCAUCACUGACAACGGACACCAGUUUGAGGGGCAAGAAUUCGAGAGGUUUUGUGCAGAGUGGCACAUUACCCAUAGCUGA